AUGCACAGUCCCCCUCCUGCCGAGGAUGCUGACCCAGGAGAGACCCCUGGCCCUUAUUGGGAAUUAUGCCAGGGGCCUCCUCAGGUCUGUUCUCAUGACCCUGAUUCUAUCGAAUGGUCUCAUUCAGGCAGCAUGGUCGCUCCAAUCGAUGAGCCCCUCACAGAAGAGAUUGUUAUUCCGGAAUCUCUUCUAGCUGCCGCAUCAAUCAGGCAGGUAUGGAAUCAGGCGUCUCUGCAACCCUGGUUCCAGCAACCCGUUGCCCCCAACCCAGCAGAGGAGGUGUCGGUUGUCAAACAAAGAAAACCUGGCGCUAACUAUCCGGCCACUGGAGUGAACCCAGGUGAUGCCCGACGACGACAGACUAGUCAUUCGGGGACUUUGGAGGAGGGCCGAGGGACAAUUUACCCGCUUCUAGAGGACCAGGUGAUUGUGGAGACGCCAUAUGGACCCCAGGGAGUGCAUCCUGCUGAGCUGCAAUACAUCGACCCUAAUCGCCCAGGUCUCGAAGAUGACCCAGGAAUAGUACGGGCUGUGAGUGCACAGCCUUCCAUUAAACCGGACACCCCCCCAAGCAUCGAACCGAGAAGGGCCAGCGAACCCACGAAAGCUUUUCGCCAGUCGUUGCGCGGUGUGGUGGAUCGAGCCCGCGAAAGCAGCUUGGGGACUCUCUAUAACCGGGCGACUUUGGUGAACAUUAAGCACGAACGGAGAUACUGGGUCCAGUUGGUGAUCGAAUAUGGCACGUACACAAUCUAUGUCGCAUUCGUGUAUUUCGUGCUGGUGGGGAUGCCUCUAUGGAAAGGGGCCGUCUACUGGCUGUAUUGGUUGAUGCGCCACAAGUUCAUCUUACAGGGAGGUUGGGCCAUUGUCAUCAGCCUGGCAGUUUUUUAUUCGUUCACACCACUUCUCGCCACCUUUGAGGACGAUGCUCCGGAUCACGAGUUCUAUGAGAGUCGCCGCAUCAGUCCGACAGCCCCCGAUACUGCGUUGCUCAUUCCCUGCUACCGAGCGGCAUCGGUUCUGGGCCGGACCCUCGAGGCAGCCGUGAAGAUCUUCCCUCCAUCACACAUCUUCGUGAUCGCGAAUGGGGACGCCCUGAGCCCAAUUGACCAUACUGAGGAGGUUUGCCGUCCUUAUGGAGUUAAUCACAUAUGGAGCCCGGUCGGAUCUAAGAUUAUCGCCUUAUUUGUUGGAUGUUACGCUGCUAAGCGGUUUCGCUAUGCUCUUCUCAUCGACGACGACUGCAUCUUGCCACCAAACUUCCCCGUUGUAGUGUCCCGCCUCAGCGACACCGUCCGCUGUAUUGGCUACACGAUCAAGGCCGUCGCUGCGGACUCCUUACCCGGCACAUACUGUCAACAGGCGCAGGAUCUGGAGUACAAGCUGGCGGGGCUGCAGCGCACCUUUGCCGGACGUAUCGGCAGCGCAACAUUCCCUCAUGGGGCCAUUUCUCUCUGGGAACGCUCGUUCCUGAGAGAAACGCUGCAGGAUCAUCCCGGGUUUUCCAUCAGCGAAGACUGGUUCCUUGGCAACAGUUGUCGACGGCUCGGCGGAAGAAUCCAGAUGUGCAGCUCCGUGUUUGUGGAAACCCACGCACCCCCUUCGUUUCUCUUCGCUGCAGGGAAAAGACGGGGUGGGUUUGGGGAGACGACAGUUUUCAAGCAGCGAUUUAUGCGGUGGAACUUCUUUCUCGUGAACGGCCUGCGGUACAAUGUAAUCUACCUGGUGAAAUCGUGGAAGUUGGGGGUAUAUGAAAUCGGCACGAAACUAUUCGUACUACAGGAGUUAUAUGAGACUGUCCUUGCCAUUAUAGCCCCGUUCGUCCUUCCAAUAUCCCUCAUCGUCCGCCCACGGUUCUGCAUUGUUCUCAUCAUGGCUACCUUCGCGCUGUACUUUCUGAACGUCAUUAUCUUCAACGAGAUCCACCUACGACUUAAGCAGGAGCGGGUCAGCUUGAAAGUCAUUCUUCUCUAUUAUAUGCCAUACAAGAUCAUGAUCGCCAUCAUCAACGUCGGAAGCAACUACUGGUCCCUGUACAAGUAUGCUCGGUAUUUUGCCAAGCGACGGCCCAAGCUCACGGAAGACCACAAGGCGGUUGGACUGGUACUGAAAUUGGAAGAGAGCGCGCAGAACCGGGGCCCUGGCUCCACUGGACUCGGACGCAACCUGACGGUGCGCUCAGUUGGCGUCCGGCGGAGCACUCGAAUGAGCAGUGGGCCGGGCUUAGCUGCGCUUCGCAAUCGGUGGUCCCUGCACAGUCACGCUGAAGAGCCGGAGGGAACGGAUGUUAUAAUAGAGCACUACACAUAA